GCGCAUGCGCAGUGGGUGCGGUGCUCGGGCUGUGUGAGUGUAAUGGCUGCGGGAUGAAGGAGGAGGGAUGAAGUGAUCGGGAUGCCUCUCGCCCGCGCGCGCCGCCCGCUGCAGUCCUCCGCCAGCAUGGAUCCCCGCCGGCCCAGUAGCGGUUCCGAAGCCUAGACCGGAGCAGCCGCGAGACCCCCGCUUCUGUCAGUUCUGGGCUGGUGUGAAGCAGAGGCCGUGUGCUGUGUGCGUUUGUGGCGGGAGAGAGGCGCGAUGGCGGUGAAGGAACGGAUGGAGGCCGUGCUGAACGUGGGCCUGAGGGUGCCCAGCAUCAUGCUGCUGGAGGUGCUGUACCGCUGGGACGUCAGCUCUUUCUUCCAGAAGAUCCAGAGGAGCAGCCUCAACAACAACCCCCUCUUCCAGUACAAGUACCUGGCCCUCUACCUGCACUACGUGGGUUAUAUCCUGAGUCUGAUUCUGCUGACCCUUCCCAGACAGCGGCUGGUGCAGCUCUACCUGUAUGUCCUCACUGCUCUGCUGCUCUUCGCUGGUCACCAGAUCUCAAGGGAUUAUGUUCGUGGGGAGCUGGAGUCGGGGUACGAGGGGCCGCUCUACCUGGAGCCUCUAUCCAUGAAACGCUUCACCACUGCACUCAUCUGUCAGCUGGUGGUGUGUACCCUGUGCUCCUGUGUGAUGCAGACUAAGCGGAUCUGGCUCUUCUCAGCUCACCUCCUCCCUCUGGUGGCCAGGCUGUGCCUUGUUCCUCUGGAGACCAUUGUGUUCGUCAAUCGCUUCGCCAUGAUCUUCACCGGUCUGGAGGUCAUCUACUUCCUGGCCACAAACCUGCUGGUGCCCUUUAACCUGGCAAAGACUGCGUACAGAGAACUGGCACAGGUAGUGGAGGUGUACGGACUGCUGGCUCUGGGAAUGUCUCUGUGGAAUCACCUGGUUCUGCCGGUUCUCUUCAUGAGCUUCUGGCUGGUUCUGUUCGCCCUGCAAAUCUACACCUACUUCAGCACCCGCGAUCAGCCCACGUCCAGAGAGAGGCUGCUCUUCCUCUUCCUCACCAGUAUUGCUGAGUGCUGCAGUACACCGUAUUCUCUCCUGGGUCUGGUCUUCACCGUGUCGUUCGUGGCUCUGGGAGUUCUCACACUCUGCAAGUUCUACCUGCAGGGCUACCGGGCCUUCAUGAAUGAUAACACCAUGCACAGGGGAAUGACUGAGGGAAUUACGCUGUUGAUCCUGGCGGUUCAGACGGGUCUGAUUGAGCUUCAGGUCAUCCACAGAGCCUUCCUCCUCAGCAUCAUCCUCUUCAUCGUCGUAGCUUCCAUUCUUCAGUCCAUGCUGGAGAUCGCUGACCCCAUAGUGCUGGCACUGGGGGCCUCCAGAGACAAGAGUUUAUGGAAGCACUUCCGGGCGGUCAGCCUGUGUCUGUUCCUGCUGGUGUUCCCGGCGUACAUGUCCUAUAUGAUCUGCCAGUUCUUCCACAUGGACUUCUGGCUCCUCAUCAUCAUCUCCUCCAGCAUCCUCACCUCUCUACAGGUGUUGGGUACGCUGCUGAUCUACGUGCUCUUCAUGGUGGAGGAGUUCCAGAAGGCUCCGGUGGAGAACAUGGACGAUGUGAUUUACUGUGUGAACGGGACGUACAGGCUGCUGGAGUUCCUGGUGGCGCUGUGUGUGGUGGCGUAUGGCGUGUCGGAGACGGUGUUUGGCGAGUGGACGGUGAUGGGCUCCACCAUCGUUCUGGUUCACUCCUAUUAUAACGUGUGGCUCCGGGCUCAGCUGGGCUGGCAGAGCUUCCUCCUGCGGCGAGACGCCGUCAACAAGAUCAAGAGUCUGCCCACCGCCUCCCACCUGCAGCUCCAGCAGCACAACGACAUCUGCUCCAUCUGCUACCAGGACAUGAGCUCAGCUGUGAUCACGCCCUGCAGCCACUUCUUCCACGCCAACUGCCUGAAGAAGUGGCUCUACGUUCAGGAGACGUGCCCUCUGUGCCACAGUCAGCUGAAGGGCUCGCCCAUGUCCAGCUCUGCAGCUCAGGAGCCGGAGGGAGGCCUGGACGUGUCCCAGGAGCCUGAUGCCAGCCUACCGCAGCCUGAUGCCAGCCUACCAGAGCCUGAUGCCAGUCUACCAGAGCCUGAUGCCAGCCUACCAGAGCCUGAUGCCAGUCUACCAGAGCCUGAUGCCAGCCUACCGCAGCCUGAUGCCAGCCUACCGCAGCCUGAUGCCAGUCUACCAGAGCCUGAUGCCAGCCUACCACAGCCUGAGGCCAAGGCAGAGGCAUCUAGUCAGAUCUCAGCCUCCGAGUGCCCAGCUGAGGAGGAGGUUGGCGAGACGGGGGAUGUCCUGGUACCUCCAUCUGACAGUGGGCACCCCCCCUCGCCCACUAGGUCUAUGGGGUCCCUGGCGGGCACUGGGUAAUGCCCUCCUGCUACUUUUAGGUCUUCUGACCAAUCCCUGAGCCACAUCCUGUGAUGUCACACUCACCUUACGCAACGAAAGUGUCUGAAUCACGUCUGAAAACGGGCAUCAGUGGGUAGCUGUAGUGUUACCCACUUCCUGUGCGUGUUUUGUAUCUCUUGCUGUAGGAGCUGUAUGCCCAUCAGACACCUUUACAAUCAACCACAUUAACCCAUUCACUCCCUGGCACCCCCUGGCACCUCCUGGCAUCCCUGGCAUGUCCUGGCAUCAGACAAAAACUGGCAUUUUUGUCUUUAAAUGUGCACAACGUUUCUCAGCUGCUUCCAUCUUCAACUUUCAACAGUCCAUUCCCGUGCAUCACAGAGGCAUUUCAUGCCCGCUUUAAUGGGUUAUGCCAAUGCCGAUGCCAACCAAGCAUAAUGAGGGAGCGUUUAAUGAGGAAACGUUUAAUGGAACGUUUAAUGGAACAUUAAACCCCCAUACUGUAUGUGCUCACCAGCUGCACCACCUCCCACCAUUUAACCACCAUGCCAACCUUCACACCAUCCCCUAAAUACCCACCAAAACACCCCCCAUACACACACACCCACACACACACCUACACACACCCAUAAGACUGCAAAACUGAGUGGUUAAGAGCUGCUUACCAACCUGAAUGUGAUGAUCAUCAUGUGACCCUUAGAGACAGCGCCAGCACGUAUUCGUUAUACGCUAAUCGCUAAUCGCUAGCACGCUUUCAGCUUUAAAUAUCCUCCAAUAGCAGCAGUAGCCAGACCUUUUUGUUUUUUUAUUCCCAGCUAUUAUUAAUAUUCAUUUAUUUUAAUUAUAUAUGUAUAUGUGUAUAUAGGCCUGUCACAAUAACCAUAUAUUGAUUAAAAUCUCUAUUUUGGUUUGAAAAUGAUUAAAAAAAUGAUAAAAAAUAUCUUUUCCACAUAAUUUUAUGUUAGUAAUGAUACAGUUCGAUGAUGAUGUCAAAUAUUCUAAAAAGCAUAACAAUGCAUGCACAUUUUUACUUUAUUAUCUGUAGUAAUAUAGACAUGUUUUUUUCUUUUAUAAUUAAUUAUUAAGAGUUGAAAAAAAUAUUUUGAUUAUUUGGAAUUCAAUAUCUUAAAUAGCUAAAUAAAUAAAACACAAAUAGCAUAAAAUAAAAUCAAUUUACAUUUUAAAUAUAAUUGAUUAUUUUGGUAGUCGGCUAAUCUGCCAAUAAUUUUUCUGAUUAGUCAAUGAUUAUAUCUAGGUGUAUGACUCAUGUUUCUCUAUGCUCUAUUUCUCUAUUGCUGUUUCUAUCACUUCCAAUUGAUUAAAACAGCAGAACGUGGGAUUUAAAUGCUGUUUAAAUGUCUAGAACAUUGUCCUUUAAAUGUGAAAAAUGCUGAUAUUUAUGAUAUUUAGUAAGAAAUUAAUAAUCUGUUGUGUUUGGGCACUUUUAGAGACACAGACCGAGUUAAAAGUAAAGUGUGUCCUACCAAUUAACUAGUUAAUUAGUAGCUAGCUAACUAGGUAAAGCUAAGCUAAGUGAACAAAACUGUAAAAAAAAAACAACAAAAAAAACAUUUGUGCUGGAUGUUAAUCUAAACAGAUUUAUCUCCUGAAAACUGUUUAUUUGGGUGAGUAAAGGGAUUCCAUUCAUUUACAGUAAACUUAGAUUCAUGAAUUUCUCCAUCACAAAGGCUGGAGCAUUAGCAUUAGCCUGACAGAGCUAUACUAAGGAACCCUGAGUGUUCUGGUAAGCCAGGGCAAUAUUAGCUAGCGUCUCAUUCCACAUAGCUUGUUUUAAUGCGAUAAACGGGCAGACUACAGGCCGUUAAUACUGACCUCUAAUGCUAAUGCUGCUCCAGCAGUGCUAGCUGGGGUUAGCAGAAGGCUAACCUCUAAAUGGCUAAAGAGCCUCUAACUGGCUAGCACUUAGCGCGGUUAGUGGGUAAUGCUAAUGCUGCUCCAGCAGUGGUAGCCACAGUUAGCAGAAAGCUUCAGGCCGAUAAUACUCACCUCUGAACAGAGAAACAGUGGUUAGCUGGUAAUGCUAAUGCUGCUCCAGCCUCGGUAAUCCUGACAGGUAAAAUUUAUUCAUAAGGCGCACUGAUGAUUUUUGGGAAAAUUUAAGUAUUUUAAGUGCAAAAAAAUAGUGCAAAAAAUACAGUAUACCCUGGAUUAGAGUAAAAUAAAUCAUAUUGGACAUAUAUAAUCUGUCUCUUGUAGAUAUAUAAUGGGAAACGAGAACAGUGUGAAUUUUUCUUUUUGGUAAAAACAUCAAAUAUAUUUCAAGGGAUACUAUAAUUCACCAUAUUAAAAAAUGUUGCCGAUAUAUUGCGUUCGAUACGAUACCCUAGCAAAUAUAUUAUACGAGUUAUAACUUGGUACGAAAGUUAUUGUGUAUAAUUAUUGUGACAGGCAUAUAUAUGUGUAUAAAUAUAUAUAUAUGUAUAUAAUUUGCGCGCCACUGCAUUUGCACUAAUAAUAAUGUAACAUAAAAAAGCAAUGCUCCAAAGUUGUCUUGUCGUCAGGUACCAAAUAUUUUGGUGUUUAUAUGCAUAUGCAUCGAACCGAGUCAUAGAUACGAUAUGACGUGAUAUAGCCGUGUACAAAUGUCUGUGUAUAAAGGUUUUGAUAUGAAUUAUGAUAUGCAGAAGUACAGUAAAGUACAGUGUUCAGCAGAGCCAGGCGUUGUAUGAAGUGACCCGAAGCUUGCGUGAACACUUCAGUGACCUUCAGCGGUAAGAGUGGGAAUAGCCGAGGGUCACGGAAACGACCUGGUUCCUGCCGUUAGAUGAUCAAACUGCCUCUUCUCGUCAGUAUUAUUGAUUAUUUAAUUGAUUAAUCGGUUAAUUGAUGGCAUUGAUUGCGUUUGUGAGCAUGAAUACGUUUAACGAUGUAUGAGCGAACUCUGCAAAUGCCACACUUUUCUUAUUUUUUCGUAUUUUUUCUUCUUAUUAUUUAUUUGUUUCGCGUUUAUUUGUCUUUUAACGGAUGUUUAAUUUCCACUCGUUUGCUGGAAGGAGGGAUGUAGUUUGGAUUCUAAGAGAAAAGUAGUUUUUACAUGUAUUACAGAGGGGGGGUGAUUUUUUAAGAGAAUGUUAUUGAAUAUAUUUUGCCAUUUGAAAUCUUUAACGUGAAUGAUGGACAGCCUGGAUCCGUGCAGCAUUCUGGUUUUGUUCUCUUCUUCGCUAUUUUACUACAUGAUGAAACGAUGAUGUAGUGAUGAAAUGAUGUCCUGAGAGCGCCGCCUGCAGUCUGAUCCGCAGUGGCGCUCGGUUAAAUAUGCCUGAGGUUUGAUAGAACUGAAUCUGAAUGUCAGAAUAAAUCAAAACCUGCCGUACCAAAC